AGUAGGCCAUAGAGAACUACAGACGCCAGUUUUAGGGUCCACUUCUACUCGUCAUUUGUUGCCAAAAUCUGUCUACUCUUUUUUUUUUUUCCUUUGAGAAAAUAAUUGUUCUUAUUAUUAUUAUUAUUAUUAUUAUUAUUGUAGUUUUAAUUUUUUUUUCUUAUAAGUAUGAUAGCAUAUGAUAUAAUAUAACUCUGCUCUCUUCUCUUACUCGAAUCACAAUACAUAAACUCUGCCCAUUUUUCCAUUGCAGCAGGAGCUAUGAUUAGGCUGUUUAAAGUGAAGGAAAAGCAGAGAGAACAAGCUGAAAAUGCUAAUGGAGGAGCACCUAUUAAAAAGCAAACUGCUGGAGAAUUGCGUCUUCACAAGGAUAUUUCUGAGCUGAAUCUGCCAAAAUCAUGCACCAUAUCUUUCCCUAAUGGCAAGGAUGAUCUUAUGAAUUUUGAGGUUUCAAUCCGACCAGAUGAAGGAUAUUAUUUAGGUGGCACCUUUUUGUUCUCUUUCCAAGUUUCUCCGAUCUAUCCGCAUGAAGCGCCAAAGGUUAAGUGCAAGACCAAGGUUUACCAUCCAAACAUUGACUUGGAAGGAAAUGUCUGCCUCAAUAUCUUGCGAGAAGACUGGAAACCUGUCCUCAAUAUAAACACUAUCAUUUAUGGAUUAUAUCAUCUUUUCACGGAGCCAAAUUAUGAAGACCCCCUUAACCAUGAUGCUGCUGCAGUGUUAAGAGACAAUCCAAAAAUGUUCGAAUCUAAUGUAAGAAGAGCUAUGGCUGGAGGGUACGUGGGGCAAACCUUCUUUCCCCGGUGUAUUUAGCUUUUGUUGUUGCGUGGCAAAAAGUACCAAUUGGCUUACAUUAUCGAAUGGUCAAAUGCCUGUGGUUGUAAAAUUUAUCUGCAAUUUACAUUUUGUCAUCCUUUUCAAUUUUACUGAGUGGAGCUGGGGGCAUUAGUUCCUGGACGUGCAACUGAAACACAAACAUAAUUUGUAUGUUACUGUAACUCUUGUUGGGAUUUGUAUGUUGACUUGUUAUCUUAAAUUAGUGUGUAACAAGCAUAGGGUUAGACUCUGUGCAUGUCUUGGAGAAUUAAACAUCACAUUUGUUUGCA